GAUAUCGGCUGGACCGACGUGGAAGCUGUAGCUUAGAUCUUUAUAUAUCGAUGCUUACUAAAAGAAUGGAAAGUAGCGAUUUGGUUUCGGACUGGAACAGUACUCAAUCCUUGAAAGCAUGUUAUGAUAUGAUGCAUGCCAUCUGUAUGAUGACGAUAAUUGUUAGGAAAAUGUUUCAAUCUGAGUCAUGUACUUCUACACUACCGCCUCAUUUGGUUAUACAAUCGUCCUUGUUGCAUUUGUGUCUUAAUUUGGCUCGAACUCUGUGA